GGGACUGCGGGCAAACCGAAGCAGAGCAGUGGGAGGGGGCUUCCCCAGGUGCUGCGAGCUCCUCCGGUGACAGUGCGCUGCUGCAGCGGGAAGACGGUUACUAUGUGGAGCAUUUUGAUGGGACAGACUUCAGUUUUUCAUCUAUUUUCUCAAUAGUCAACUGGUGCCGGUGUCCAGUUGAAAACAGAACAAUUAAAGGAGGUGAACUCAAGCUUUUGGUGAAUUUGUCCAUACUCCAUUCAAAAUGUGGCCUGUCACAGCUCAACUUUUAUUGUACACCUUUUUCUGCUGGGCAGAAGAAGGAAAACGAUAUGGACCAGUUUUUGAAGAGCAGCCUAUUGACACUAUCCACGCAGAAGAAUCUUCAGAUGGGAAGGUAACAAUGAAUUGCAGAGCCAGAGCAAACCCAACACCCAUAUACAGGUGGCGGUACAACAACUGGGAAAUUGACCUUCUAAACCCACACUACAGCAUGAUAGGAGGAAACCUUGUUAUCAACAACCCACUAAAGUCAAAAGAUUCUGGCAAAUAUGUGUGCAUAGUUUCAAAUGAAUAUGGAACAAUCAGAAGUAAUGAAGCCAGCCUAAAUUUUGGAUACCUAGAACCAUUUCCUUUAGAUGAACGCCCAGCAGUGAAAGUGAAGGAAGGAACUGGAGUACUGCUGAUCUGUGACCCACCUCCACACUUCCCAGAUGAUCUUAAUUAUAGAUGGAUUAUAAACGAAUUUCCAAACUUUAUCACUAUGGAUUCACGAAGGUUUAUUACUCAGAUAAAUGGAAAUCUGUACAUUGCAAAAGUAGAACAAGCUGAUCGAGGCAAUUACUCGUGUUUUGUAUCCAGUCCUUCAAUUACAAAAAGUGUAUUUAGCAGAUAUAUAUCUCUUUUGCCACAACCAGAAGUUGCAAAGCGCUAUGCAGCGGACAUUCAAGUUUCAUUUCCAAAUACCUAUGCUUUGAAAGACCAAAAUGUGACACUGGAGUGUUAUGCUUUGGGAAAUCCUGUGCCAGUUAUAAGAUGGCGUAAAGUGAACGAACCAAUGCCUGCUUCAGCUGAAGUUAGUGCCUCAGGUGCUGUGCUUAAAAUAUUCAACAUUCAACCUGAAGACGAAGGAAGUUACGAAUGUGAGGCAGAAAAUAUUAAAGGAAGGGAUUCAUACAAAGCAUAUGUAUAUGUGCAGGCCCCACCUGAAUGGGUAGAACAUAUAAAUGAUACAGAAAAGGACAUAGGCAGUGAUUUGCAUUGGCCUUGUAUUGCCAAGGGAAAACCCAUUCCAACAAUUAGAUGGUUAAGAAAUGGAACCCAGUAUAUUAAAGGAGAACUGAAGAUCCAAGGACUAACUAUGCAGCACGCUGGAAUGUAUCAGUGUAUAGCAGAAAACCAAUAUGGGGUUAUUCAGGCAAAUGCCGAACUAAAGAUCCUGGCUUUGGCACCAACCUUUGAACUAAAUCCUAUGAGGAAACAAGUAUUGGCUGCAAAAGGAGGUCGUGUUAUCAUAGAAUGUAAACCAAAGGCGGCGCCAAAACCCAAGUUUUCAUGGAGUAAAGGAACAGAACUGCUUAUAAAUAAUAGCCGGGUAUUUAUCUGGGAUGAUGGUAGCCUGGAAAUCAUUAAUAUAACAGUUCUUGACGAAGGCAGCUACACGUGCUUUGCUGAGAAUAACAGAGGAAAAGCAAAUAGUACGACAACCCUUUCUGUUAAAGCUGCCACAAAAAUAACCCUUGCACCAUCCAACACUGAUGUAUCAGUAGGAGAAAAUGCAACCAUACAGUGCCAUGCGUCUCAUGAUCCUGGUCUGGAGAUUGAGUUUAUCUGGUCUUUAAAUGGAUUCAUAAUAGAGACAGAUGACACCAGCUAUUAUGAAGAACAUAUAAGGAGCACUGAUAAUGAUAAAUGUGAACUUAUUAUCAAAAGUGUUCAGCUGAAGCAUGCUGGGAGAUAUACUUGUACUGCACAAAGCAUUGUCGACAACUCCUCAGCCUCAGCUGAUCUGGUUGUCAGAGGUCCUCCUGGUCCCCCAGGAGGUGUCAGAGCAGAAGAAAUAAGAGAUACAUCAUUGAGACUCACAUGGAGCGGUGGUUCAGACAAUCACCAGCCAAUUUCCAAGUAUACUAUUCAGGCUAAAACCUCAUUGUCAGAUGAGUGGAAAGAUGUCAAAACUGAAAUCCCCAACAUUGAAGGAAAUAUGGAGUCAGCAAAGGUGAUAGAUUUGAUUCCUUGGAUGGAUUAUACAUUUCAAGUUAUAGCAACCAAUACAUUAGGUACAGGUGAACCUAGUCUGCCGUCAUCAAUGAUUAGAACAGAAGGAGCUGCACCCAUUGUUGCUCCUUCGGAUGUUGGUGGUGGUGGAGGAACUAAUCGAGAAUUAACAGUAACCUGGGUGCCUUUAGCCCGUGAAUACCAUUAUGGUGAUGAUUUUGGCUACAUUAUUGCCUUUAAGCCCUUUAAUGAAAGAGAAUGGAGGAAAGUGACAGUAACCAACCCAGAAAGUGGGAGAUAUAUACAUAAAGAUGACACCAUCACUCCUGCCACACAGUUUCAAGUAAAGGUCAAAGCCUUCAAUAAGAUAGGAGAUGGUCCAUUUAGCAGCACCGCUGUUAUUUAUUCAGCAGAUGAAGCACCAACAGAACCACCCACAGAAGUCACAGCCUCAGUUAUAUCAUCUUCUGAAGCUCAAAUAAAUUGGCAGCCAGUAGUUGGUCAGACAAUUAUGGGCUAUCAGAUUCGUUACUGGCGCAGUCAAGACAAGGAAGCAGCUGCACACAGAGUACAAGUGGAGCAAUCAGAGGAACCAGUCAGACUUGAAGGAUUAAUGCCAGACACUCUGUAUUACUUGGAUAUGUUUGCAUUUAAUAGUGCUGGUGAUGGACCUCGAAGUAAACUGAUUCAUUUCCAGACCAGAAAAUCACCUCCCAGUCAGAAACCUAGAAUUAUUAGUGCUGUGAAGUCAGGAUCCCAGUAUAUCAUCACUUGGGAACACGUGAAGCCUUUAUCCAAUGAAUCAGCAGUGAGAGGAUAUAAAAUUCUUUACAAACCAGCUGGACAACAUGCAGGCACCUUGUAUUCAACUGGAGAGCAUACAUUAGAGGUUCCAGCGCCCAGGGAAGGUGAAUGUAUCGUUGAGGUUCGAGCCCACAGUGAAGGAGGAGAUGGAGCAGUAGCAUAUAUCAAACUUUCUAGUGACACGUCAGGGAUAUUUCCCAGUAUUAUUGGAAUAUUGCUACCAACUUUUGGCCUCCUGGUUUACUUGGAAUUCUGAAUGUAGGUCUCUUUAGAACAUCCUGAGUGCAGUGUACUCCUUUCACAACUCUGGAGGAAACCAUUGUUUUAUGACUACUGCGGAACCAACUGAAGCCAAAAAAGAAAAGAAAAAACGUAUAUAUUACCCAGCAGAUUUAUUAUGAACUUUAAAUAGGAUUAAGGCAUUCAGGAACUCCUCUGAGGAAAUAAAUCAUUUUCAAGGAUAAUAGGUCAUUUUCAAUUUGUUCCAAUAUGCCUUAUGAAUCACUUACGCCAAUCUCUGACAGUUGCAUGAUC